AUGAAAGGAGAUCCUUCAUCUCAGUAUUGGAAAGAACCAGCAGAUGAAGAGGAGGAAAAUUUCCCAAGCGUUCUGUCCCAUCGGGAACCCAAAUUCUUUGAGGAAGGGAUGCUGGUGUGGUGCAAGUGGCGGCAGUAUCUGUACUGGCCAGCGGUGGUGAAAGCAGUGAAGAGGAGGCACCAGAGGACUUGUGUGCUCUUCAUAGAUGGCACCACAAAUGAGAAGAGAAAAGGUUUCUCAGUGUCUCAAGAGAAGCAGGAGCUCAUUGAAUGAGCCAAGGAGAACUAUUCCAGGGAAAUCAAGUGGUGCCUCCAGCUGCUCCUGGACUAUUGGAUCUGAGUGGGCUGUCAUUCUUCCACCAGGUCCUUCCAGGAGUACUUUGCUGCAGGUGUCAGCUACCCAGUGAGGAAAGAGGGAUACCGGAGUGAGGGGCAGAUGGCAUUCCCUAACACAGGGGAGGAAGGGGGUAGACUGUCUUCCUCAGACACCUCCCCCCAGAAACCCCCGAGGAAGCUCCUCCCUGACAGGACCAGGGCUGCCAGGGACAGGGAGAACAAGAAGCUGGUGGACUUCAUAGUGAAGACCAAAGGGGCUGAAGAGAAUCUCCUGCAGUUCUUGAAAACUGGAAAACAAUCCCAUUGGCUGAAGAAAUUCCUGAAUUCCAGCCGGUACGUGACCUGUGUGGAGACUUAUUUGGAGGAUGAAGAGCAGCUGGACCUGGUGGUUGGGUACUUGAAGGAGAUGCACAGAAAGAUGGACACCAAGAACCUGCACCAGAUCCUGGGGGAUGGCAUCAGAUUCAUCUCAGAUGUGCUUUUACCCGAGGCCAUCAUCUGUGCCACGGAUGACACAAACUAUGACAAGGCAGAAGAGAAGUACAUUAAAGGAAUACCUGUGAGCAAAAGAGAGAGAGAGUUGUUUGAUGAACAAGUCCUGGGAAAUAAAAAGCUCAAGACGGAGCCAGAGCCUGCGGAGAGCUGA